GGGCCCUGCGUGACGUGGCAGAGGGAGACGGAUAGAGGCGGCGAGCGGAGAAGCGUCAGGGCACAGAGCUCUCUCAGACACACAGCGCAGCCAUGGGCCUCACCAUCUCCUCGCUCUUCUCCCGGCUCUUCGGCAAGAAACAGAUGCGGAUUCUCAUGGUUGGUUUGGAUGCCGCCGGCAAGACAACGAUUCUGUACAAAUUAAAGUUAGGGGAAAUUGUGACUACCAUUCCCACCAUUGGUUUUAAUGUGGAAACCGUUGAAUACAAAAAUAUCUGCUUUACUGUGUGGGACGUGGGUGGCCAAGAUAAAAUCCGCCCCCUAUGGAGGCAUUAUUUCCAGAAUACACAGGGCCUCAUAUUUGUAGUAGAUAGCAACGACAGAGAGAGAAUUCAGGAAGCCGCAGAGGAAUUACAGAAAAUGCUUCAAGAAGAUGAGCUUCGGGACGCAGUGCUCCUUGUGUUCGCCAACAAACAAGAUCUGCCCAAUGCAAUGGCCAUUAGUGAGAUGACAGACAAGCUGACACUUCAGACUCUCCGCAACAGGACUUGGUACGUUCAAGCAACCUGCGCUACUCAGGGCACCGGCCUGUAUGAAGGACUUGAUUGGCUUUCAAACGAACUCUCCAAACGCUAAAUGGAUGCUCUCCAGCUAAGGACACAAUGGAUAGAAUUGCUCUAGGCUUGUAACAUCCAAACUAGUCUUUGCAUCUUGCUCAUUAAACGUAUAAAAGAACUGGGAUGGGUGACACACACUCUAAUGUU